AUGUCAGCUCAAAGUCAAGAUCAGCGAUUCUUAUUGCUGUUGCUCAUUGGUUUGGUCAGUGGGGCGUGGCUCAUCGCUGGUGGCGCAGCUCAGACAUUUACCAAUGAGGAUCGCGGCUCUAUACUCAAGUUUAUGGAUGUGUUAAUUAACUUUUUGGAUGGCGAUACAGACUUUGGCAACAGCACAGAGGCGCCCACAACUGACUCGACGCUGGAGCCAGUGGAAAGCACCACGCUGUCCACUAAUGAAACCGAAUCCAGCACGACUAGCGAUGCGUCCAGCGAGAGCGAGAGCACAACGCUGGCAAGCAACGAGACCACUGUCUCCACCACGCCCACAAUAACAAGCACGUCCAGCUCUGCAGUCAGUUCUCCGCCCGUGAGGCGUCGCAUUUGCUUUAAGCGUGUUUGCUAUAAAUUUGCAAAUGAUCGUGGAUAUAUUUAUUAA